ACCCGGUUUCUUAUUUUUUAAUUUAAAACUUCACUGUUUCAAUUUCUUUAAAUAUUUCAUUUAAGCAUUUGUUGUUAAAUAAAAUAUAAUAAUAAAACAACAUUAACAGCUAUAGCUUCUACCAAUUUUUUAUUCCAAAUUAAGUCAUUAUGACUGUACUUUUUAAAGAAUUCUUACUGAUAAACUGUUAAUAGUUGAAAUUGAAUAUAUUAGAAACAUGGGAGAUGCCUAUUUUAAUUUGAAACAUAAACUUGAAGAACUUGGUUAUAGUAAUAGUUUGCCCAUUGAGGCAGUUCCUUUAGUAGAAUGUGUUCUUGCCGAUUUGUUGCAGACUACACGAAGCUUACAGCAUUAUAUGGACUUGUCGAAAGAGGCAUUACAACAACGGGAUGCUUUGAUAUUAGAAGCUGAACCAUAUAAAUGUGAUAAUGCGAAGCUUAUACAAGAGAACAAUCAACUUCAUAGAGAUGUUAUAAGGUUAAAAGAAGAAAACACAAAAAUUUCAAAAGAAAAUAAAAGGAAAGCUAAAGCUAUGUCUGAAGAACUAAUGAGAAAAGAUGCAACUAUCAGUAAGCUACAACAUGAUCUUAGGGAUUUAAGUUUAAGGGGAUUAUGUGCAGAAACUCAAAGUAGUAGAAACAAAAGCAGAAGGAAAGAUGGUGGAGAUAUGUUACCAAAAUUGUGCAUAUGUAAUGAAAAAAAUAAUACCAAUACUCAGAGAGAUGUUGCAGACUUGGUUACGAGAAACUGUUUACUAGAAGAGAAAAAUGAGGAAUACUAUGAUGAAAUUGAACUUCUUAAAAAUCAAGUUGAACAUAGAGAUAAUGAAAUUGUAAGGUUAAAUAUGCUAUUAGAGGGAGGAAGGCCUAUUGCUGCUAUUAAUAAAGAUUGCUGUAAUCUGCCAUCUGAUAGUAGGCUACAAAAUUUAAUGAAACAGUUACAUGAAUUAGAAUCAACAAAUGAUUCUUUAAAAAAGGAAAUUGACAAUGGACUUGAAAAACAACAUGAAGCUAUGCUUAGAGCCCUUAGUCUUGCUGAUAAAAAUAAAGUAUUACAGGAAGAACUGAAAAAAGUAGAUACAUUAGCUUUAAAGGUUGAAGAAGACUGUAAUAAAAGGUUAGCUGCAAUGAUGAAUGAGGUUAACUUUUUACAAACAAGAAUAGAGGGUCUCAUUAUGAAAAAUUCACAAUUAGAAAAAGAACUGUCACAGCAACAUUCUAAAGAAAGUUUACUUACUCCAGUAACACAAAAAAAUCAAAAUUCCUUAUGUGCUAUUUUAAAGGAGAGAGACAUAUUACAAAAAGAAAUAAAAGAUCUGGUAGAACUUAACAAAAGUUUACAAGAUAAAAUAUUUUCUGUAUCACAGCUAAAUAAAUCAAUUCAUAAUCAGUUCAGAAAUGACUUUGAACACACUAAAGAUAAUAAAAAAUGUCCCACAAAAGACGAGUUGCAAGUGCUGCUUGAAGAUGAACGGAAAAAAUAUGAAAAAUAUAUGACAGAUAUACAGCAUAAGUUGACAGAAACAUUGAACCUUUUUAAUAAUCAUUUAUUAAAAUGUCAAAAUCAAGAUAUUUCUAGUCAUAAAAUUUCUCAUGAAACCUUGUUUGUAAAAGAUCUACAUGGUAAAUUAUGUGAAAAAGAACAAAAGAUACUUAUGUUACAAAAAGAAAAUGAUGAAAUAAAAUCUAAAAUGUAUCACCAUGAUGAAGGUACUAAACAAAACUAUAAAGACAUAAUAAGUCAAUUAAAUGCAGAAAAUGCAGAAUUAUCUAAAGAAAAUAUUUCUCUAAGUCAACAACUGAGUCAUUACAGAACUUUAAAUAGUGCAAAAAAUGAUAGAAACAAAUAUUGUACAAAAGACAUACAAAAACUAAGAGAUAAAAUAGAUGAGUUGACCCAUGAAACACAAUUACUGAAGAAAGAUAAGCAUGAAUAUAAUAUGCGAUACAAGGAAGCUAUGGAUUUAGUAGACAAACUAAAAAGAGAUUUGGCAUUUAAACAAAGAGAAAUGGAGUUAUUACAAGAAGAAAAUUCUUCUUAUAAAAUGACUCAAAGAACUGGAAAAGCCUCUGCUGAUCAUCUUAAAGAUGAGUGUAACUUUUUAAAAGAACAAAUAAAGAAAAUGCAAAGUGAUGUUAUUAAAGAAAAAACAUUAGCUAGUCAGAUAAAAAAUAUACAAUUGGAAACUGAAAGAAGUAGCAAUGAAAUACAAAAUGAACUAUUGGGCACACAAAAGAAACUUAGUUUAUCAAAAGAUACGAUUGAUUCUUUAGAAAAGAAAUGUAGAGAAUUACAGUCUGAAAUAUUGGCUUUAAAAAAUGAAAAAGCAAACUUAAUUGAUAAUAUAAGAAAACUAGAUCAAGAACGUGAUAAAUUGGUAAUUGAAUUAGAUCAAAAGACAGAGACUGCUAGUGUUUUGGAACAAAAGAUAAAAUCUCAAUCAUAUGAAAUCAGUAAAUUAGAAAAAGAAAUAGCUGAACUAAAAAGAAAGUUAAAUCUUAAUAAAGUGUCAGAACAUAAAUUAAUUGAUAAUGAAGCUCAAAUAGCAUAUUUAAAUGGUGAAAUUUUGAGAUUAACACAACAAAUUGAUAAUGCUAUAAUAGAAAAUAAGCAUUUACAAAAUAGCCUUGGUGAUGCUAAUGGUGUAUUAAAAGUUACAAAAAUUGAGUAUGAAAAAUCACGAAAAGAAGUAGAUAGUUUAAAACAGCAGUUGCAACACUAUGUAGCAGAAAUUAGACGAAUUGAAGAGCUCUUGUCCCAAAAAGAAGCUGAAAGGUCUGAUAUGUUGGAACAAUUUGCAAGUCUUUCAGUAGAAGCAAAUAUAUUAGAAAAUACUAAUCAUUCAUUAGAAAGCGAGUCUGCUUCAAAAUCAAUCCAAUUGCAGUCUUAUAUUAACAAAAUUCAAAAUUUAGAAACUAAUCUUUUAGACAAAGAAAACAUAAUUGAUUCUCAAUCUGCACAUAUUGCAUCUAUGACUUGUAAAAUAAGUACUUUAGAAAAUGAAGUUAAACUAGUAACUGAAGAAAAAUUGCUUCUUGAACAGAAUAUUUCAUAUUUGAAACAAAAGUGUAAGAAUAUGCAAAUAGAAAACACUAAUACUACAAGAGCUAUUGUUGAUACAGACUCUGAAUUAAAAUUAUAUGAAAACAGAAUUAAAUCUUUGACCAAUUCUAAGGCAAAAUUAGAAGUUGAAAAAGAUAAUUUGAAAGAACGUUUAUUAAAUUCAGAGAAACUGUUAUCUAAUACUAGACAGGAAGUUGUGGAACUGAAAUUAGCAUUGCAAGAUGCUACUUCUGAAACAAAGUCUUUACAAGAACAUGUAUCAAGACUUAGUCGGAGAGAGAUCAAUGAGGCAACAUUAACUACAGAACUUGAGUUACCACUUAUGUUAGAAGAAACCAUACAUGAAGUUAGUCAUGAAGAAGAUGAGGACAGUGCACGGUAUCCUGAAGUGCGCAAGAGAUUCUCAAAGUAUUCUCGCAGUGAUACAUUAUAAUUUACAUUUUCAUUACUGAUUGGAUAAACAAGGUCUGGAUUUGGGGUACUUCGUUUUUAUUUAUAAGUACCUUGUAACAGUAUUUUCAUAUUUAAUCACUUUGAAUUAUGAGUUACUAUUAAAUUGUAAAUUUAAUUAUUGCAUAAUUAAAAUGCAUUUCAAUAUAAAAUUUCUAAUAUGUAUUUAUUAUAUGAUUGUAAAAUACUGUUGAUAAAUAUUUAUUAAAAUACAAAAGUAAAAUUUUUAAUUGUCUUAAUACUUAAAUUCACGAUUUUAGUGUCAGUAGCUGUAGAACACCUAUAAAAGGGUCUAAUUGGAACAAAAUGUUUGCUUGGUAGUCACUGCCGGCCAAUGAUAAUUUUUAAAAUAUUUUAUAUAGUUUUUGUUAGAAAAAUGUAUAUAAACUUAAAUAGGCUAAACAAUAAAAACAAAUGAGAGAUUAUAAAAUCCAAAGUUUAUUAAUUUUGGAUAAAUAUGAUAAUGUAUGUAUUCCUCCUUUACCAAUUUUGUAUUGAUUACAUUAUAUUCUACAACAAAAUCACA